AUGCGCAAGGCAACUCCAUCAGAUACAGACCAGUCUAUCACCCGGAAGAUCGAUAAUACAAGCAACGAUGUACAGGCGCAAGAAGACAACAAGCCCACCUUCGAUCUGAAAAUCAUUCUACUUCUGACUUCAGUGUUCCUGUGCGUAUUCCUUGUCGGCCUAGACCGAACAAUCGUGUCAACAGGCUUGAUGAGCGCCAUCAUGGGUGUCGCUACCGUCACUGGUCCAUUGAUCGUCUACUACCUUCCCCUCUGGUUCCAAUCCGUCAAGCACGUCUCCGCCGUCUCCUCAGGUAUCCGCCUUCUCCCACUCAUGCUCUCUACGAUCGUCGGCGCCAUAAGCGGAGGCAUCAUAAACCAGAAAAUCGGAUACUACACACCAUUAGCAAUCAUGGGGGCGUGCUUGAUGUCAAUCGGAGCCGGCCUCCUCACCACGUUACAAGUUGACACAGGUGCAAGCAAGUGGAUUGGAUACCAGGUCUUAUAUGGUCUCGGCGUAGGCUACUGUUUCCAAUCGCCUAUGCUUGCCGCGCAAACGGUUCUUCCGAAGCAGGAGGUGCCUAUGGGUCUCGCAUUGAUCUUGUUUGGUCAGUUGCUCGGCGCUUCUAUCUUUGUGUCGGUUGGUGAAAAUGUACUCUCCAAUCAACUGUUGCAGAGGCUAUCUUGGAUCCCAGGGUUUGAUAGGGCCGUUAUCACAUCUGGUGGCGCGACAACCUUUCUUGAUGCUCUGCCUGCGGAAUAUCACGAGACGGCAUUGGUGCGAUAUAAUGAGUCACUCAGGAAGGUGUUCCAGAUCGGAUUGAUCAUUGCGUGUCUUGCCGUGCUCGGCGUUGCUUCGCUGGAAUGGAAGAGUGUGAAGAAACCACAAGAAGGUGCUUCAAAAGAGCAAGAUCGCAAGGAGGGUGACGAGGCGGAGAAGACGAGCGCCUGA